AUGGCGAUUUGUUUGCGCACAUUUUCACAUAAAGUACUGCCAAUCAAUGGUAUUGCUUCGACCAAAAAUCAUUCCAACCGUUUGUCCCGAAAACUCCCUAUUCGGACACAAUUUUUGGAAGAUUUCCUGAAUAAACGACGUAUUUCUAGCUACCAGCUUGCACCUAAAAGUACUGUUGACAAUAACAUAGACGACAUUUAUGUCCAUGAAGAUGUUUUAUCAAAUAAAACGCAACAGAAAAUUUACCUAACCUUAAACAGGACAGGUGAUGGUAUUAGACAAAAUUAUGACAAUUUCAAUGCUGUUCAGAAUUUUAGUGAACUUGGUGUAAGAUCAGUGGAGAUUAUAAGUGACGAUUAUGUGGAACCAAGGAGGCUACCUUACGAUUUGAAUAGUUUGCCAUAUAUUAAUAUGAAUUAUAUAGAUUUUACCAAAUAUAAUGAGGAGAUAGAACCAACAUGUCUAUCUGACUUUGAGAGGGAUGCCAUAGCUUUCUGCAAAGGGCCUGUUACACCAUCACUGGCAAACCAGAGCCCUGCUGAAGAAGGCAAGCCCAGUGAAGAGCAAUUGAUGAAAGUAUUUCAUGUGCUGUCAAAUAAUAUGCCACAAUUGUUCUUCAAACCUAUUGACUACUCUAUUUAUCAUCCAAACUUAGUGUUUGUAAACAAUAUUAGGGGUGUCACAACAGUAGGAUUAAUACACUAUGUUAAGCAAGUGGCCUUACUGAGAACAAUAGGACAUAUUAAGUUUGCAUAUGUAAAACUUGAUGUUAUGAAAAUUACAGCACAUCCAGAAGAUUCUACUAUUAAAAUGAGAUGGCGUAUAAAAGGCAUUUCUGGUCUAAAAGUAUUUUUUAUGUUUUGGAAAUACAAACUUUGGAAUAUGAAAGAAGUUUUCCAGGAUCAGGAAAUGUGGUAUGAUGGUUUUUCAACUUUCUAUGUUGGCUCAGAUGGACUCAUUCACAAACAUAUUGCAGAUAAAGUAAUGCCUGACCAAGAUACAAUAAUAGAUGAUGAAGAGAAGGCACCAAUUGCUGCCAAACUAGCUCUUCUGGUAGGGCUUAUUCCCCGUAAUUACCUCUCUGAUGUCACACCCUAUUUCACUACUUCUGUAGGAACAGCAGACAUAUCACCAUUGCCCUAUAAAAUUUUAGAAUAG